GCGCAGGCGGCCGCCCCUUUCUCCCCCCCCCCGCGCCGCGCGGCGCGGGCGGCGCGCCCGCCGCGCUCCCUGGGCCGAGCCGCCCCCGCCGCUCGCGGAUGGAGGGCGGCUCGUCGCCGCUGGGCCAGUUCGUGAUCCUCGCCCAGGGCGCGCAGGGCAAGGCCUGCGAGGCGCUGGUGAGACAGGCGCUGGACCACUCUGGCGUGUUUGUCUUUGGGGAGCUCCUCGACUGCGCCAACGUGAAGGCCCUGGAGGGCUCCCCGGACGGCGCCAAGCUGCUGGAGCUGCUGCGGAUCUUCGCGUACGGCACAUAUCCGGACUACAAGGCCCGGAGCGCGACCCUGCCGGAGCUGACGGCCGCGCAGCGCCGGAAGCUGCAGCUGCUGACGGUCGUCUCCCUCGCGACGAAGGACAAGUACAUCCAGUUCGCGGACCUCCAGGCGGCCCUGGGCGUGGACAGCCCGCGGGAGCUGGAGGACCUUAUCAUAGACGCCGUCUACCAGGGCCUCGUUGUCGGGAAGAUGGAUCAGGAGGGUGGGUGCCUCAUCGUGGAGUCCUGCGCGUGCCGGGACUGCCGCGAUCAGGACAUCGACUACAUCAUCGAAACGCUGGCCGGGUGGCACGACAACGCGCAGAAGAUGCUAGGCGCGCUGGACGGCAUGGUGCAGUAUUCUCACAGCAGCUACGAGAAGCACACUGCCGCCCAGGAGGAGCUGGAGAAGCUCGUGAAGUCCACGCGGGAGCGCCUCGAGGAGGGCGCCACCGGAGUCCGGCCGGGCGGCGACGGAGGCGGCGGCUGCACGAGGAUGUCCACGGACGACGCGGACGAGGAGUCGAAGAGGGCGAAGAGCACGCGCGGGCGCUGGAUGGGCGGGAGGCACUGAGGCAUCCGCCGGGGGCCGCGCCGUGCGCGUGCGCCGAAGGCCGCGCGCAGGUGCGAGCUGCGAGCAGGGGGUG